GCGACGAUUUUACAGAAAUGGCAGAAGCUAGAGAUUGAUGCUUCAAUGGAGUUAUUCUAUCUCUUAUUUUCCAUCUUCUCCACUUUCUUCAUCUCCUUCCUUCUCACUCUCCUUCUCCCCUUCCGUAUCCUCCUCCAUCGUCUCCUCCGCCACAAAUCAACACUCGAUGAUGAAUCCAAUCCCGUCUCCUUUUACCAAGGCAUCGUUUGGCACGAGCGGCGUCGUCCUACACACCAUUCUUUCAAGUAUCUCGUACGUUAUGCCCUAAUCAACCUUGAUCGUAUAGAAACCCCUCCAUCUGACCACUUAUCCGCCGAUGAAGCUCGCUCUGUCGCUGGAACUUCCGGUCCUGUUUUUCUAUUAACCAUUCCUCCAAGUGUUGGGUAUGAACAAAACCCUUUGAGUGUUUACUAUUGCUAUGAGCUGGAUGGAAAUGUAACAUGUUUGAAGAAAUGCAUAGCUGAAGUGACUAAUACUCCUUGGGGAGAAAGGGUAACUUUUCUGUUUAAUCCGAAAUCAGAUACUGUGGUGAAAUCUCUUCAUGUUAGCCCGUUCAUGGAUAUGGUUGGGACUUGGCAUAUUAAAACAAAUUCACCUGGAAGUGAUUUGUUCAUAUCGAUUUCAGUUCAUCAUCCCGAGCUUGGAGACUAUUUCAUUGCUACUCUAAACGCUAAGAAAAUCACUUCAUGUUUAAUAGAUGAUGCUACACUGUUCUUCUGGCUGAUGCCUCAUAAAGUUGCGGUUUGGAUCUAUUGGCAUGCUCUACAACUGUGGUGGAAAGGAGUGAAAUACGUGCAACAUCCUAGGUAUGUCGAUCCAGAAUAUCGGGAGGAUGUUUUGUUUCGUGAUAGAAAGCUUCAAUCUUGUCCAGCUCUUGUGACUACUCAAAGCAACUCCAUGAACAAUAAUGGCAAUUAUAGAAGAUUCAAAUGGACUGAUGCUAAAUGGCCAUGGUCCUAAAAUGCUAACAGGGUAAGUAAGCAUUGUUUUCUACUCUUUUAAUAUUUAUCGACAAUUUGUAUCAAGAAGACCUGACAUUAUCCUCCUACAAUACAUAUUCGAUGCCCGGUUUUCAA